GUUUUGGAGAGGAAGGGAAAACCACUGACUCCUACAGUGUGGGAACUAUAAGAGCUGGCUUUCCCGGACACCUUUAUUCGCACCUCCUCUCUCCAGAGAUCUUGCUCCUUUCAGAGCCUUCGGUUCCCCCAAGCAUUUGGUAGGAUGAAAACUCUACUGGAAGAUACCUGUAUGUGUGUGGUGAACAUCUACCACCAGUACUGCAUUCUGGACCCUGUUGAUGACUACCUACAUCCUAAUGAAUUCAAUAAGCUGAUGGUGGAGCAGGCCCAAGAUUUUUUGAAGAACACCAAACCCGGCAAUCUUGACCAGCCGGCUUACCUCCAGCAGUUAUUUCAACAAGCCGACAAGGACAAAACUGGCUACCUGAAAUUCACGGAGUUCCAGAAUGUGUUGACCCCGGUCCUUAAAUAUGCCCAUGAAAAAGCCCACCAGCUACAUUAAGGGGGUGAUGUCACCGUCCUCCUGAAUCCUCCAAGAACUGCUGUCGAUUCAA